AUGAGGUUAACCGUUGGAAGACCUACAUUUGAAGUUAAAGAGAUCAAUAAUUUUGCAAAAUGGUUGUUGGACGUUGGUGAGGGAAAUGUUGGUGGUUCCAAUGAUGGAGAAGCAAUAAUUGAAAUACCACAUGAGCUUUUAAUUGACAGCACAUCUGACCCAAUUUCUAGCCUGAUUGAUUUUGUCUAUCCGUCAAUCUUGGAAAACUACAAUGAUCGUAAUUACUUUAGUACUAGAGCUAUACUUGCGCCUAAGAAUGAGGUUCAUGAGAUUAAUGACAGAUUGUUGGCACUGUUCCCAGGUGAAGAAAAAGAGUAUCUUAGUUCUGACAGUCUAUGCCCUACUAAAGAUGGCAAUGCUGAUCAGCAAAAAAUAUACUCACCCGACGUGCUGAACGGUCUUAAAGUAUCUGGAUUACCAAAUCAUAGGUUAGUGCUUAAAGUUGGUGUUCCAGUAAUGUUGUUACGAAAUAUUGACCAACGAAAUGGUUUGUGUAACGGUACAAGGUUAAAGGUUACAAAACUUUACAGCCGUGUAAUUGAAGCUGAGAUAAUUUCUGGUGGAAAUAUUGGUUCUCAGACAUUCAUACCUAGAAUGAAUUUGGUACCUUCAGACAAAAAGAUUUCUUUUGCAUUUCAAAGGAGGCAAUUUCCAAUAACGGUAUGUUUUGCAAUGACGAUCAACAAAAGCCAGGGCCAGUCGAUAUCUAAGGUUGGUUUGUACUUAAGACAACUAGUUUUCACACAUGGUCAAUUGUACGUAGCUUUAUCCAGGGUUACAAGACGAGAUGGAAUCAAGUUACUAAUACUUGACAAUGAAGGCAGACCUGCAAAUAAAACAAUGAAUGUUGUAUAUAAAGAGAUAUUCAAUGGCUUGUGA